UGGGCUUGGUUUCGCUGGUUUCGCCUCUGAACGCCGCGGGGGCGGCGUAGAAUAUGUAGAGUCUUACUAUGGGUUGCGUGUUUUUCUGCUCUUCCAAAACGACAAUUCAAAACUGAGUUCAUUGAAACUUCGUGCCUGUGAGGAUUGAGCUAUCUGAGGUUUUAAAGCAAUUGUUUUAAAUCAGAUUCAGACUUCUCCCAUCGGCAGCAUGACUACCUUGGACAUCCGUCUCAAGAAGAUAAACAAGAUAUACCACGAAGGAGAAGAUGUGGUGGGAGUGGUGGUGGUGGAAAGCCGUUCUGAGGUGAAGCAUGAGGGCCUCACGUUGUCCCUCGACGGUAGCGCCACCAUGCAGCUCAGCGCCAAGAAUGUGGGCAUCUUUGAAGCCUUCUACUCCUCUGUCAAGCCUGUGCAGCUGAUCCACUACAGCCUGGAGGUGGCCAAGCCAGGCCGGCUUCCUGCGGGCAGGACUGAGUUGCCCUUCGAGUUUCCCCUGCGUCCCAAGGGGAAUCGGACACUCUACGAGACCUACCACGGAGUCUUCAUCAACAUUCAGUACCUGCUCAGGUGCGAGAUGAAGAGGUCGCUACUCAACAAAGACCUGCACAAGACGCUCGAGUUCAUCGUCGAGUUCAAGGAGGGAUCCGAGAAAUCUGUGCCUGUUCCUGUGAAUAUCAACAUUUCUCCAGAGUCACUGCAGAAUGUGAGAGAUCGUUCCAAGGUGCCCCAGUUCCUGGUGAAAGGCAAGAUCGACAGCACUUCCUGUUGCAUCACGAAGCCCUUCACUGGCGUGCUGUCGGUGGAGUCGUGCGACUCGCCCAUCCGCUCCAUCGAGCUGCAACUGGUGCGUGUGGAGACGUGCGGCUGCGCAGAGGGCUACGCUCGAGAUGCGACCGAGAUCCAGAACAUCCAGAUUGGAGAAGGCGACGUGUGUCAUGGCAUUAACAUUCCAAUCUACAUGAUCUUCCCUCGGCUGUUCACUUGCCCGACCCUCAUCACCAAUAACUUCAAGAUUGAAUUUGAAGUCAACAUUGUCCUGGUCUUCGAAGAUGAUCACCUAAUGACAGAAAACUACCCAAUAAAGCUGACUCGUUUCUAGUUCAUA